AUGAAGUCUCAUAUUCUGCUCUCCUUACUCUCCUUCGCUCCACAGCUUUCUGUGCAGCUUCCAUCCGCCAAUGGAGUCGCCAUCGUAAACCAUCCUCGAGCUUCCCCAUUGAUCGAUGAGCCGUUAGCCCUUGCGGAACGACAGCAGCAGCAGGAGAAACAAGAGAAGAACGAUACUUGUGACAAGUGCACGAAUCGCAAGUGCUCAGGUGGUCGAUUUCGCGACCAGAAUACUUGCAGAUGCGCCAAUUGUCCGAAGGGGCAGAAGGCCAACCCGGCGGGUGACGGUUGCAUUCCAGAUGGCAACAACAACAAGAACAACGAAGAAAGAAAGAAGAAGAAGCAAGACUUGACCCAAAAGACUGUGGAACGCAAGAAGAAGGCGUUCAAAAAGAAGUCGAGGGCGGACAAGAAGAAGAAGCUGAUUGAAAACACUCGCAAGAGAAAGAAGACCGAGUUCCAGCGCAACAGGAAGCGGACACGCAUGGGAAAAUGUCUCUUGCUGGUCCCGCUCGCCAUGUUCGGCGUGUAUGAAGGCACUACGGCGGUGUCAACCUACGCGGAAGACUUUUUCUCUGAGGACUUCGUCACUGGAGAUGCGAUCGAUGAGUUCUGGCCAGGCGACUUCUUGGACCCGCUUGAUGUCAAUAUCGACUCAGACGAGUACCUGCAGGCUUACGUCGAGCUAGCGGCAAAGAAAGAGGAUGAUAAAGACACACGAUGGAAAGACCCGAUCGUGCCAAUCGGCGUGAAACGUGAGGAGUCUGCUACAAUUACCGCCCCCAACGACAUGGCCAUUCCAGAAAAGUUCAAGCGCGUUCCCAUCCCGCACCCAUCAACUACUGAUAUGACUGUUGGAACACACCACCUGGACAAGCGUAAUCCCUUGGCGGCUAUUCUCAGAGCCAUACUGGCCUUUACAGGACGACUCGGAUCCGUGACUACCACCACAGUAUCAAGAUUCGCGUCCAUCGGCCAGCGAGUAUCUGCUCGUCUCAAGGACUUGUCGGCCAGGGGUGGGGCCCGCCUUGCCAAAGGAGGCGGCAAAGCCGGCGUUAAUAAGAUGAAGGACGCCGCCCGGGCGAUAUCGAAGAACAAGAAUUGGAAGAACUGUCUCAAUGGGGCUAAGCCGGUAUAG